CCCCAAGUCCUUCAAUGAGACAUAUCACAAAAAACAUCUAAAUUAUAAGUUUCAAAAUUUUUGUAUCUGCCUGAUUUGCUUGGACUUUCCGGCCCCUCAAAAUGGUCUGCCGCUUCAAUCCGUUCUAUGUGGGUCCAACGCCUCCCACCUGUUGUACCUCGGACACGAUAAAGACCUGCGAUUGUCCGCCCUGUUCACCCGAGACUGGCUACCAAGAGCCGCGUUGUCAGUGCGACCUUUGUUGUUCCGGUAAAAACGAGUGUGCACCGAAACCGGAAGCAAAGGCACAACCCGCCACGGCCAAGGGCUUUUCUAAGUGUACGGCCACAACGAAGACGAUGAUGUGCAGUCCGGCAUGCCUUGAGCCCGCUAAAAAAUAGACAAUUUAACAUCUUUGAAUAUGUCCAAGCAAUGGGCAGGAUAUGACUAGAACUUUAAUAAAAAGUAUAUUGGCUGAAAGUAUAUGAAAACUUAACUAGUCCAGAGAGGGUCAGGAAAGACAUUUCUACAUUCGUAGAAAUAUAAAAAAUUUAUUGAACUUCCUUAUUAUUUUCGGUAUUAAAAAAACUCAAUCAUCCACUCCAUUUCCUGGAAAAAAUUAAAUUAAGUGUACU